CGGGGUGAACCGAUGCUGAAGCUGCAAGGGACGCUGCUGUGGGGCACAGGUAGGCUCCGUGUUGGGAUGAGAUGCUACUCGACCAGGGUAAAAGAAGAAACCAGGAAACUAUGGUUACAUGAGCAGGUGGAGCUGCUGGAGGUGUUGGAAGCUAGAGUGAAGCAACUCCGGGCUGACCACGGAUCGGAGCUCCUGAAGCCCAACCUCCAGCUAUGUCAGGUCGAGAAAUUCAGUUACUUUCCGAGUGCCCAAGGGCAGAAGAGCCCUGCGCCCCGAGCAGCUCAAGGCAAGCCGGUCCCGAUGGAUGACACUAGGCUCGCCGUCAAAGGGAACGCUUGGAAGGCCAAAAUUAAGGUGGAAAAACAAGCCAAGAAAAUGAAGCGUUGGGACCUGAACACCAGGACCUUGGAAGCCAUCCUCUCUUCUAAAACUCUGGUGGAAAAAGCCGUCAGGAGCUGCCCCGCAUCCGUCAGGAAAUCUGUAGCGGACGGCUCCAAGGCGCAGUCGGACAGCAACAUCGCCUUGACUGGGAUCCGGAUCUGGGACAGAAACUCUGAUACUGCUGUCAAGGCCGAGGCCGAGCCUGUUCUGAUGCUGAACGGGAGGCCGCUUCCAGAAAUGAAAGUCUUCCAGGACGAUAUCCGGAUGAGCAUUUUAGCCUACAUGGACACUUCCCUGUUCCAGGGCCAGAAGAGGAAAGCCCUGCAGUGUUUGUUAUAUUUCCACAAUACCCCGGGGCUGAAGAAGUUUCUGACCACGCAGAUGUUCAGUCUCCUCAUGUGUCAUUACGCCAAGCAGGGUGCGCUUAUGAAAAUUGGCUGGCUGUUUUCCAUGCUGGAGGAAAAUAACCUCAAGCCGAAUCAGGAUUGUUACAUGGCUGUGCUAAAUUGCAUGGGUCGAAUCAAAGCACAACCCCUUAUCAUUUCAAGAUGCAUCGAACAGCUGGAAAGUGACGGUUUCUCCUUGCAAAACUUCUUCAAGGAUUCCACGUACGAAGACAACGAAGUCACGAUGGUCCUCAGGGCCAUCCAGACGGUCAAGCCAGACUUCCAGCCACAAUUCUUUUCCCCUCCAACGUCUACCAUGCCGCUACUGGAAAAAUUCUACAUGACGAAGACGCCCGUUUCUUACGCCAAGCUCAAUUUCACCGUAGAAGAGUUGAAACAGCGAUUCCGAAAACAGUACAAGUUGGAGACUUCCGACAGGGUCACGGUUGAUUCGGUGGAAGCCACCAAACCGAUCACGCCUACAACUAUCAGAGCGCGGGAAAUUUUGAGCAAGAUCCGUUCUCACUGGGAAGCCGCUUUGCUUCGCAACCUGACGAAGCUCAAGAAGCAAGAGAACAUUUGGCGCACCUCCAAACUAGACCUGUACCCCUUUCUUUGCGUGCUGACCAAAGAGGAAUACGUAGAUCUGAUGAUGCAGACGGUUUUCAGCCUGCCGGCCCUUGGGGAAUGCGUCACCAUCUUAGCCAAGGAUCUGGGUACUAGAAUCUACAAUAAAUACACUAUUGUUAGAAAAAGCUGCACCAUUUCGGAGGACAAUUUUGAGAAGACCUAUGAUAGCUACGUCCAGCUUUUGGCCAGAGAUAAUCAGGUGAAUAAUUUUUUGCCACGGGAAUAUUGGGAGAAGCUGAGAGCGGAGGCGGGCUGUAGCCCUUCCUUGAUAUCCAAGCAAGUCGUCUGGCCCCCAAGCCUGUUAAUUCAGCUGGGUUUUCAGCUGAUCGAACUGAUGGUCCAAACUCUCAAGCUUGACCACAGCCUGCUGCCUUUGCUCCCCGAAGAAGCUGUCAUUCCCGUUCUGUAUCACGUCUAUUCUUUCCGCGGAACCAAGCAGAUCGGUUUCAUUAAACCUCACUCUAUCCUGAUCCGGCUAAUCCAGGAGGCUGUGGAGACGACCCUCACCUUCGACUCCUUUAUCCUCCCCAUGCAAUGUCCCCCCGUGCCCUGGGUCUCUUCCCACUUCGGGGCCUACACUCUCUCUCCGGUCAAGCUGAUGCGAUGCCAAGACGGGGUGGUCCAGCACGAGCUUCUCUUAGACGAGUGCCCUCACGACCACCUCUGCUUGGUCCUGGAUGCACUGAACUUUCUGGGCAACUGCCCUUGGAAAGUCAACCAACCCGUCUUGGACGUGGUCAUCUCCAUCUUCAACGACAAAGGCGACGAGAAACUGGACAUCCCUCCGCCGCCAUCUUGGGAGGCCCAAGAGCUCGCCAAGCAGCUGGCCGCGAGCGAGCCCAUGUCCAAGAUGGCUCUGAAAUGGAAGAUGUCCCAGUACCGUAAGAAGGCCAGGGAGACCUACAGCCUGCGGAUGGACAUGCUCUACAAGCUCUCCAUCGCCAAGCACCUGAAAGACGAGGCUUUCUGGUUCCCCCACAAUCUGGAUUUCCGCGGGAGGACCUACCCGUGUCCUCCUCACUUCAACCACCUGGGGGGUGACUUCACGCGGGGGAUUCUCCUCUUUGCGGAGGGAAAGCCCCUCGGACCACACGGCCUGAAAUGGCUGAAGAUCCAUCUGGUCAACCUGACUGGGCUGAAGAAGAAGACGUCUCUGAGGGAGAGGCUCGACUACGCCAUUCAGCUCAUGCCGGACAUCUUGGAUUCAGCAGACAAUCCAUUAACGGGCAAGAGGUGGUGGAUGGACACCGAUGAGCCGUGGCAAGUUUUGGCGUGUUGCAUGGAGAUCGCAAAGGCUGUGCGGUCUCCCAAUCCUGCCGAAUACGUCUCCCAUUUUCCUGUUCAUCAG